AUGUCAGCAUCCUCUUCUAAUUCUCACAGCAAUCAUGCUGUCGAGGCCGAGUCAAGUCGCAAUCCCUACGAGUCGCCAUACCUCGAGUCUCCAAUCCACGACGACCGUGAUGGUGACGUGAAUCCGCACACGUCGUCCAAGUCCAACUUUCGCACCUCGUCUGCCUAUCUGCCCUCGCCCUUGUCGACCAGUCGAAGUCCGUCGCCUGCAUAUGACCAUGAUGCUUCAAAUCUACAACAACGCCGUGUGAGCUCGCGUUCGCCUGUUCAGCCCACCACUGCCAACAUCCUCUCUUACCUCAACACUCCGGCUGUCGCACAAGAUGCAAAGGAUCCCGCAGCACUCGACUGGUAUGUCGAGGGUCCAGGUCGUCGUGUCGGAUACGACAAUCUGACUGCCAUUGACUGGAUUUUUGAGUAUGCGAAAGAGAGACAGCGCCUGAGAGUGUUGCGCUCCAAUGCUGUUGGUCUGCUAGGAUACUUUCAACUACUAGCAGAUAGCAGUCAGACUUGGAUCAUCCUCGUUGCCACAGGAAUUGCUGUCGGUGCCAUUGCUGCUGCAAUCGACAUCACGAGUGGCUGGUUAGGAGACCUCAAGGCUGGUUAUUGCAGUAACGUCAAAGAUGGUGGAAAGUUCUAUUUGAACAAAGGCUUCUGUUGCUGGGGCCAGAAAGACUACGAGACGUGUCCAGACUGGCAGUUGUGGAGUCAAGGCAUGGGUGUCUCUUCCGGCGCUGGUAGCUGGAUCAUCAACUUUGUCUUGUACCUUGCUUACUCGGUCUUGUUUGCGUCUACCGCUACAUAUCUCGUUACUAGAUUCUCAACAUAUGCCAAGCAAAGUGGUAUCCCUGAGAUCAAGACUGUCCUUGGAGGCUUCGUGAUCCGUCGGUUCAUGGGCAUCUGGACCUUGGUGACCAAGUCUAUCGGCCUCUGUCUUGCGGUAGCCUCUGGUCUAUGGCUGGGCAAAGAAGGUCCCCUAGUGCAUGUCGCUUGCUGUUGCGCCAAUUUGUUCAUGAAACCUUUUGAAAGCAUCAAUGGCAACGAGGCUCGCAAACGCGAAGUUCUGUCUGCCGCUUCUGCUUCUGGAAUCUCGGUUGCUUUCGGUGCACCUGUUGGUGGUGUGCUGUUCAGUCUCGAGUCUCUCUCUUACUACUUUCCCGACAAGACCAUGUGGCAGUCAUUUGUCUGUGCCAUGAUUGCUGCCUUCACUCUCAAGGCUGUCGAUCCUUUCCGUACAGGCAAGACUGUACCCUACUCUGUGACUUACCAUACCGGAUGGCAUGGCUUCGAGAUGGUCGCUUACGCCAUAAUCGGUCUUCUUGGUGGUCUUUAUGGCGGCUUGCUGAUCAAGCUCAAUAUGCGUCUGGCAGCACUUCGAGACUCGCCCCGCUAUCCGCUCAAAGGUCGACCUCUACUAGAGGUCUGCAUUAUCACCAUCGCCACUUCUGUCAUCGCUUUCCCUGUAACAUUCUUGCGCGCACAAGCCUCGGAGUUGGUCUACUAUCUCUUUGCAGAAUGCAAGGAUAUUCAGUCCGAUCCUCUUGGUCUGUGCAAAAGUGGAAUCGCCAACACCGGGGUCAUUUUCCUCUUGCUCAUUUCCGCCAUCAUUGGCUUCUUCUUCACAUCCUUGACCUUUGGUCUUCAGAUUCCUGCUGGAAUAUUACUGCCAUCUAUGACCAUCGGGGCUCUGUAUGGACGUGUCAUUGGUCUCAUCGUCGAGGUCUGGCAACGCGAGCAUCCUAAGUGGAUUGUUUUUGCUUCUUGCGAGCCCGAUGUUCCGUGCAUCACUCCAGGAACCUACGCUAUCGUUGGUGCAGCUUCUGCUCUGGCUGGCGCAACAAGAAUGACCGUUUCUAUCGUGGUCAUUAUGUUUGAACUGACAGGCGCACUCACCUAUGUGCUUCCUAUUAUGAUUGCUGUAAUGAUAGCGAAAUGGGUUGGUGACGCACUGGGCAAACGCGGUAUCUAUGAAGCUUGGAUUGCAUUCAAUGAAUAUCCCUUCCUCGACAACCGCGACGACAGACCCAUCCCCGACAUUCCAGUCUCGCAAAUCAUGACAAGACUGGAAGAUCUAGUCACCAUCACCGCUGAAGGCAGCACAAUUGAAACCCUAGGCAAUCUCCUCAAGGAACAUUCCUACAGAGGCUUCCCAGUAAUAUCCAAUUCUCACGAUGCGAUAUUACUUGGUUAUAUCUCGAGGACAGAGUUGUCGUUUGCAUUGUCUUCUGCAACCACAGCGAGAAACUUACCUCCACAUACCCAAUGUUUCUUCUCUCAUCAACCCCUUGCCGAUGUGGAACAUACACUCGAUCUGCGUCCUUGGAUGGAUCAAACACCCAUUACUCUAAACUCUGCCAUUGGGCUAGAGUUGUGUGUCAACUACUUCCAACGUUUGGGUCUGCGAUACCUAGGCUUCUGCGAUAGAGGCGUAUUGAAAGGCUUGCUUACCAAAAAAGACGUUUGGUUUGUUGUUAAUGGAGGAGAUGAGAGUGGAGGCAGAGUUGCUGGAGCUAGAGAAGAUGAGGAUGCUCAUAUGAGGGUAAGAGGGAUUGGCGCUGGUGUGCUUAGGGAAGGCGAUGAAGGUGAAGAGAGAGGGCUGCUUUAUGAGAACAGGAGAGGUGUGGGUGAUGAGCAUGAUGUCGAUUUAGGCGAGGGCCGCGCGUAA